AUGGCGAAGUCGAAUAAGCAGAAGGUCCAACUUGGCGGGGCAGACAUCCCGGUGCCGGUGAACGAUGUGGCUGGUGACAGCGAUGACCUCAUGAGUCCUACGAAAAAGAGGGCGUCCGAAGCGGCUCAGAGUUCGGGGAAGCGAGAACGGGGCACCUCCCAAACCCUCUCCCUCGACUAUAACAGCCUCAGGGACUUACUUCGCGAACAGAGCGCGGAACUUUUGGGGAAGCAGAAGCACCAGCUGGACGAGGCCAUCGGCGAGCUCGAGACACGUACUUUUUCCAGGGUAGAUGCCAUUCAAAAUCAGGUUGUCGGGCUGGAGGAGAAGCACGAGUCCUUUGAGGCCAAGCUCGGGGAGCUGGAAAAGGGGCUCAAGCACAUCGAGGAGAUGGUCAAGGGUGGUCAUGGGGGCUCGGCGUCCGGAGGAUCCUUCGUCUCCGAGGACAAGCGGCAAUCCACACUUGUCGUGGGAGGCUGGCCCAAGGACUCCCGCCGGAAAGCUAUCCUGGCUGACCUCAAGGAGGCCUUGGAGGCGUUGCAACUCACGAAGUACCAAGACGAGCCAGCCUUCUGCACGGGACCCCGAAGGAGUGUGGCGCUGGUUCCCAUGGGAAAGAGACAGAGCGAGACACCUCAGGGGCACAGAGACCGCAUGUUCAAGUUCGUCCAAGCCUUUGCGGCGGCGGAGGUUAUGACCAGGGAUGGUGUGAGGCUCUGGUGCAGCUUCUCGAAGACGCCAGAGCAGAGACAGAUCUCGUCACAUGCAGGGCUUAUUAAGAGGGUGCUGGCGCGCUUCCUUGACGACGUCUCCGACUUGGUGGACAUCGAGUGGAAGACAGGUACAGAUGUUCGCAAGACCGAAGUCUUCGAUGACACACCGAGGAAGCACUGGAUAAAUGUGGGGUUGAUCUCUGUGCUUACCAAGCAGACGGCGCAGGCAGUACGUGUCAGGAACUUGCGGAAGAAGGCAAGGAAGACGUGGGAAACAAGUCGAGUGGAGAGAGCGGCACAAGGGGAUUGGCAUGCCUUUCGAGCGACCAAGCACUCUGCCGACACUGGCUGGGCUGAGGGUUACGCUGCAGCGCAGAAAGAAGACCCGCAUCAAACAAUUCAUGACCACCUCACGGAAGUGUAUCGGGGCAGGCCACCAAGACCCUGCGCUGCCCUCCAGGAGGAAGUGCAGGCUUUCACCAUCGAAGAGCUGGAGGUGGCACUGGGGCAAAUGCAAGGGGGAAAGGCAGUGGGUUGUGAUGGUACCUCAAAGGAACUCUUGGUGGGCCUCGCAGGGAUCGAGGGCGGGAAACAACACCUAGCCGAGUUCUUCACUAAGGCUUUUGAUUCCCUCGACAGGGAGCAGGUGCUUACAAAACUCAUUGACAGACUUGGAGACACGGCUGAAACACGGUGCUGGAGACAACUACUGCAGGAGAAUGUGGGUUUUCUUCAAACUCCGUGGGGCUCCUCCCACGUUCGCAUGCAGCAGGGCAUCCGCCAGGGCGCCAUCGAGUCCCCUAUUCUCUUUGCACUCGCUGCUGAGCUUUGUCUUGCUGAAACAGCCAGGCGAUUCAGGUGGGACAACAACAAGCAACUGUUCGAAGGGUUCACGAUGCACGAGAUGUUGUUUAUGGACGACUCUUUGCUCUGGGGACAAGGGACACAGGAGUUGGAAACCAGGAUUAAGCAACUUAUGGUUGUGCUAUCGGAAUACGGCCUUAAGCUGAAUGGGAGCAAAUGCCAGCUCUUGACAUCCCCGCACUGGGGUGGUGCAAAGUUCAUACAUGUGGGUGGGGUCAAGGUGGAGGCGGUGCACACCAUGGAGAUCAUGGGAUUGCCAAUGAGGGUCGGAAUGAGCAUGUGUGAACUUAUAGGCCCACUGUUGAGCCGGGCCAAAAGCAAAUUUUGGGCAGCGAAGCACGUCCUUAGGUCACAUGCGCCCGUCAAGGGACGGUUACAGUUGAUGGAACGCCUCGUGGGUGGUGCAGUGCAGUGGUGUCUUGCAGCGUUUCCACCGGACCGGAGUGACAUUGGCCUUUUGAACUCCACCCAGCAACUGAUCUCAGUUUGGGCUAUGAAAUUGGGCAAACGGGACUCGGAAAACUGGGAAGGGUUCCGGAAACGAAGCCACAGAGCAGCACGUGCGGCGCUUCAUCAUGCUAACCUUGAAAGAUGGGGAACUUCGUGGAUACGCAAAUGGUGGCGUUAUUCUGGGCACAGAGCAAGAGGGUUGUUGAGAGAUGCGCCGCCGAUUCGUGCCCACAUAGAUUCCUUUCGCACGUUGUCGUGGUGGACCGGGGAAAAGAGGAAGAAAGAUGGUUUACAGCAUACUCACCAUUAUCCGAAACUCAUGAACAUGGAAAGGGCUAUGGAUGCUGCAGCAGGCGAGGAGUGGCGAGUUGUUGCGCAAGACAGGGUUGAGUGGAGACGGAGAGAACAGACCUUUGUCGACAACUUGGACCUCCCGUGGAGCAGUAGCAGACAGACACAGCUCCUUGAUUGGCAGUGA